GCUGUUUUGGGGUGAGGCGGUACGUUCUGGGGUGCACAACUUUCUGCUUGUUUGCGCAGUUUCGCAGCGUUUCAUACGUUCUGGAUAGACCGACACACAACGUUUAAACCCGCGGGGAUCAGCAGCAACGUGUUCAAAUCAGCGGAAAUACCUUUGCAGGCCGCUGCACGGCACAGUUUCCACACAUUCACCGUCACUUGCGUGGUUUACUCGUCGGUUGCUGCGGGGAGAAAGUUGUGGACAUUUUUUUCCCCCCCUGAAGUGCACGGUUUUACGAUACAGUGUGCAACAUUGUAACUACGUUUAUGAGCCUCUCCAGCCUGUCCGUGUUUUUGGAUUAUGUGUUCGUGAGAUUGUAAACUCGACUGCUCGCCAUAUUGUGCGCUGUGAAACUCGAGGGAAAGUUGUCUGAGUUAUGACAUUUGCUGCGCAGAAUCCCUUCAUGAAGCUGCAUGCAUUCGACUUUGAUCGAAACCAAAGUGACUCCAUGGAGCUGGCCAUGGAGAGCUCCGUGCACAAUUGAUAAGGUCCGGCACCAUAAAGAGGAUGAGAAGAAAGGACAGCAAACCUCAGAUUUGAUUUUGGAAGGAGGGUUACAUGCUCCCCACCCUGCACUUUCCUUUGGGAUUUAUAUUUCCUCCCAAAUACCUCUGUAUACACAAUUAGGCAAAGAAAGCACACUACAGAGGCAGUAACAUUUUGCACGCUUAGAGAUCAAGAUUGAGAGCUCUUACUCCAACAUUACCAUAUACUAUUACUAUGAGUCUUCCUUCUCAAGUUCAUACUGACAAGAGCGUCAAGCAUCGGGCUGCAGCCAUGAAAGAGCCUGUGCAGCAUUCAGGCGAGGUUUAUUAUGGUAUUGGACCUCCGACUUUAGAGUCAAGCCACAGUGACUCUGCUAGCAGCUCUGGUGUUUACAACCCAGAGAAAGGGCCCCAAAGUAUACCACACUAUCAACAGGCUGCUCCAGUAAAGUGGAUGCACCAGGACUCUGUACAGGCCCCCGGCUGGUCUCAGGAGGCUCCUGCUUCAGCCUGGGGCCAGAACUUUGGCCCCUAUAUGAGUGGAGCGAAUGUCAGGGGUCACGUGGCGUUCCACAAAGGAGUCCAUGAGGGUGUAGCUCUGCCAAUGGGGGGAGAAAAUCCACUGCCAGGACCUGUUGAGGUUUACAGAGAUGCCACCCAGGCUCAAGCUCAGGGGAGGGGGCUCGACUGGGAGCAACACGCUGCGGCUGCAAUGCACCAGGCUCAGCUGCAUGUAUAUCAAAAUGCCCACAAAGGCGUGGAGCUCCAGGGUCCGCCCCAUGUACCUUCUCACACUUUGCAGGGGUCCAUGCUGCAGCCCUUCCAGACAACAUUUAGGCCCAACAAGCAACAGUUUUCAUCAGGUUAUUACUCUGUUUUUCCAGGCAACAAGGGAAUUCCGAGCCUGGCGUACGGUGAGCAGCCUAAAACUCAACAACAGCUACUACACCAUAUGCAGCAGCAGCAGCAGCAGCAGCAACAAAUGCAUCACAGUCGCCAGCAGCAGCAGCAGCAGCAG